CCUGCGCAGUGCAUUGACGGCCUGAGAGCAUUCCUCUAGUUAAUACCCAAUUUCCAUCCAGCUGGGGUAGUAUCAGCAAGGAAAGAGGCACGCACGUGCAAAGGUAUAAGUGAACCAGGGAGCAAAAUGGAGUGUACUGUGAAUUACCUGAUAAGAGGGAGUCUUCUUUUUGGAGCUGUGCUGCUGAGUCUGAUACAGAUUAACUGUGGGCAAUAUUCUGCACGCAGUGGCGACAUAUACCAAGGCCCCUUCUUCCCGAUACAUCCGGGACCUUGGUCAGACUGGUCCGGAUGGUCAAAGUGCUCUCGGACAUGUGGGGCGGGGAUCAAGACGAGAUCGAGGCAGUGUCGCGGGUACGAUUCUGCAGCUUGUAGUGGGGAUAGAGAAGAGUAUGCCACCUGUAAUACCAAGCCCUGCCCGGAAGGCAGCCUCAGUUUUAGAGAUUACCAAUGCUCUCGCCAUAACGGAAAGAAGGUACUCGGACGCAAGGUGGCUGCGUGGGAAGCGUAUCUUAGCAACUUGACACCAUGUGACCUUCGCUGCAAGGCAAAGGAUGUGACGUUUUACUAUGGGUUUGGAACAGUAUUAGAUGGCACCAAAUGUAAUGAUGAAACGCACGACGUUUGCAUAAAAGGAAAAUGCCAAAAAGUUGGUUGCGAUGGACGCAUUGGAUCAGAUUUAAAGGAAGACAUGUGUAUGGUGUGCGGCGGGCGCAAUGACACAUGUUACCAUUUUCAAAGUGCAUUCUAUACUGACGACACCGAGACAGUCUCAGGUAGAAGGUACGGUUAUGAAGAAAUAGCAACAGUGCCCAUUGGAGCUACGCAUAUCACUGUCAAAGACAGCAGUGAUAAUUACCUCGCCGUGACAGACUCCAAGAAGAAGUACAUCAUCAAUGGAGGCUGGUCGAUCACGUGGCCUGGAAAGUAUAACGUGGCUGGCACAGUCGUCCAGUACGAGAGAGACUGGGAAAAUAAGGAAACAAUAAGUAUAGCAGGGCCAACCACAGAAGUAAUAUAUUUAAUGGUUUUACUCAGAAGCAGCAACCCCGGUAUAACAUAUGGAUAUUGGCUACCAAAGAAAUCCUUACCUCCUGAUGGCAAUCGAGAUAAGUACAAUAACAAGAACCAAAAAGACAAGACGCGUCAUAAUACGUACAACGACAACGGGCAUCCAUCAACAUAUCCGUUGCGUAGGAUUCCAGGUUAUCCAAGCCAAAGAGCGGCAUUGCAGUCAACUUCGUCGGACAGGGGAAAACAGCCGGAAGAGCAAAAACGCCAGAAAAAUGUGCAAAAACCAAACACUAGAGAUGACGACCGUUCCUAUAAUCAAAGAAUGAAUGAGUAUGCCAGGAAUUAUAGAAAAAGAUAUCACAGAACAACACGUUCUAUUGCUACCACGCCCGCAACGACCACAACGAGUCGAAGGCCGUACCAAAGUCAGUAUAAUCCAUAUGGUAAUUAUUAUAAUACUCGGAACAACAAUAAUAUAAAUCAAGGAACAUCAACCAAGGACAGGCUGUAUGUUUACAGAGGUUACAAUAAUUUCAGACCUGGGAAAUAUAUCUAUCAGAGAAAUUACGAAUGGACGACAGCUGCACCUACAAAAAGUUUUACAACAAGUACAACUAGGGCUGCAGCCACAAGUGCAAUUUCAACAGUGGCAACAACCUCAGUAGGACCUAUGUCCACGACUACCUCCUCCUCCUCAACAACGACAGCAGUUCCGAACAACCAGGAUAUUUUUGGCUUCACAUUGGACGAUGCAGAUGAAGAUUUGAUAGUUGAUCCUGUUACAGGGAAAUGUUUCGAGUGUCCCUACGUACGGGACUGGCAGGCAGAAUACUGUGAUAGUGAUUUCGUAAUUCGUGCAAAGGUGAACGGCGGGAUCAAAUCCAGAGGCGCAAUGCGUUACGACAUCAGCGUUAUACAGACGUAUAAAACCACGGUCCCCAUGCUACCUAGGGAAUACGUAUGGGUUCCCAACUUGUGUGGAUGUCCCGAUCUACGCACAAAUGAACAAUACAUUAUGAUGGGUAAGAAUGCCAUCCACGGAAGGGAGGUCAGACUGGAGCUGGACCAUAGGAGUCUGGUCCGAAAGUUCGGACGGAGAUACGCCAUUUAUAUGAGGAACGUGAAGUCCAAGACAGACUGUAAAACGUACAAAAGGAGACCAUACUAUUGAUGUUGCAAUAACAAGUGCGAAUUUUGUAAAUGUAAAACGUUAGCUGAUUUGUAAAAGUCCUUCUUGCCCUAAGUACCUUCCUUUCCUUUUGUGACUUGGGAAAGAAUUAGGAAACGGUCAAAUAUCAUGUGAUGAUUAUUUUUUAAUAUUUGGUAGAAUUAAUUUUUAACUUUGGAAUAUAUAAAGUAGGUUUCAGUCACACUGCAAAAGCAUCAGUAAAGCCAGUUACUUUUGUUCGCUUGAAAACGAAGGUAGCUCAAGAACAGAAACAGACAACAGAAAAAUCACUUCCAUUUUAUAUCUGUACAUGUACACACCGUUUCAGAGCGCGUAUAUAGGCUAACUUUUGUUACUCGUUUAAAAUUUUGA